GUCCCUCGGGCCGGGGGCUCCCGCGAGCGGCGGCGGCGGCGGCGGCGGCGGCAUGUCCGCGCGGGAGAGCGUGCAGAUCCCGGACGACCGCGAUUUCGACCACUUCCGAGCGGAGUGCAACUCGGAAGUGGGCUGGCACCUGAAGUACAACAGAUCCGGGAUCGCCGUCUGGAUUCAGAUGCUGGAGGCAGAGAAGUCGCUGCACAAGAUCAAGUGCAGAAUGGAUUGCAAAGAUAUCUCCGCGGAAAUGCUGUACGAUGUGCUUCAUGAUAUCGAAUACAGGAAAAAAUGGGAUACGAAUGUCAUUGAGACCUUUGACAUCGGCAAGCUGACUGUCAACGCAGAUGUGGGAUACUAUGCCUGGAAGUGCCCGAAACCCUUAAAGAACCGUGAUGUCAUCACGCUGCGUUCGUGGCUGCCAAUGGGCAGCGACUUCAUCAUCAUGAAUUAUUCCGUCAAGCAUCCCAAAUACCCCCCAAGGAAAGACAUGGUGAGGGCCAUCUCCAUCCAGACGGGCUACCUAAUCCAGGGCAAAGGAGCCAAGAACUGCAGCCUCAUCUACCUAGCUCAGGUAGACCCCAAAGGUUCUUUGCCAAAGUGGGUGGUGAAUAAGUCUUCUCAGUUCCUGGCUCCAAAGGCCAUGAAGAAGAUGUACAAGGCGUGCAUGAAGUAUCCCGACUGGAAGCAGAAGCACAACCCCCAUUUCAAGCCCUGGCUGUACCCCGAGCAGAACUGCCUGGCCAGCCUGGCGCUCUCGGACCUCUCCAUCCAGCACGCCGACUCCCUGGAGAACAUCGACGAGAGCAGUCUUCCCGAGACCAGGGAAGAGCGGGGCGAGGGCAGCGACGAGGACAGCGUCAACUGAGGGAGGGCUGCUGGCCGGGGCCU